CUCAGCAACAAGCCUCCGCCACGCGCACCCAUACUCAACCCCACCCCCACACGAAUACCCAUACGCACACCCACGGCCCGAGACGCGGUCACCAUCACACCCCGUCCAUCGACAUCUCCUUCGCCCCGGGUGCACCCCUCCCCGACGCCAUGUCGCCCCUCGCACUCCAACCCCGCCCAUUUCCACCGCCCACCCUCACCGACGUUCCGGUCGAGUACAUAUUCGAUCAGCUACGGAACCUCGCUCCAUAUUACUGGAAUAAGCCCGAGACCGCCGACUGUACCAUCGUAAUCCCAGUCCCAAAUAACCGCCCCCGCCCACUUCAGGCGCUUUCGACGCCCGAGUCGGCGGCAGAGCACGCAGCACGGCGACGGGCUAUGGAGUACGCGUUUAACAGCCAUCCGGCCCAUCCUCCGAUCGUGCUCAAGUUGCAUGUAGACUAUCUCACCGCGCGGUCCACGUUCCUCCGCGGCCUCUUCACUGGCAAAUCACCUCACGAGCUUCUCCAGGACUUCCGACGCACCUCCUCCUCCGGCACUGCACCGUCCUCACCGCCCCCUAUCCCCCCAUCCCGCCUCCCACGCGUCCUCCCAAAUUCGCCGCCGGGCCACCCGAUCGUCGUGCUGCCCGUGCCCGACCCAGCCUCGAUCCACCUCGUUUUCUACUGGAUGUAUCACGGCAAGACGCGCUCGCUCGAGGACUGUCUCGCGCAGGGCAUCGUCGAGUGGGAAGGCGUCGCGCGCAACGUCGAGUACCUCGGCCUCCCGAGCGAGAUCAAGAUCUUCCUCGGGCGGUGGUACGGCAACUGGCUCCUCCCCAACCCGGCGCGCGACGAGAUCGUCGCGAACCCGUUCGGCGAGGACGAUGACGAUGAUGAAAGUGAUGAUGAUGAUGACGACGACGGGUUCUCCGCGGACGAGAGCGGCAGCGAGAUGAGCUGCGGGGAGGACGACGGGAUGCCGCCCCGCCGGGAGAUCCUCGAGCGGGGGCGGAAUCGCGCCGUGCGGCCGCUUGCGCGGGGGCACCCGCCACGGCCAUGACGAUCAUGAUGCAUGAACUGAACACUAGAGUACUCGUUUUUGCUACGGUCGUGCUGGUCACGCGUCAUCCCCAGCGUCUGCGCGCACUCUCCGCUUUCUAAUAACGCCCCCAAACGCCCCGUCGUCUACCUACGAUUUCUGAUGACAUUCCCGACCCCAUACACUACUCACGCCCGUCCACGCCUACACUUACGCUCACGUUCACGGUCCUGGUUCCUCUGCACUACUGUAAAGUACAUUACAUCCGCACUUUUCAUUUUCAUCUUUCAUCUUUCAUCUUUUCAUCCUUCGCACUUCACACUUCGCACUUCUAAAUUUCACACUUCGCACUUCUAACUUCCCUUGUUUGUUGGCACCCCGGAGUCCUUUCUGCUUUGUCCCGUUUCGUCUAUCUUUAUUCAGUUGCAAUUUCAUCUCGC